UCUUACAAGAAAAUAAGUUAUCUAGUAUAUUGCACGAAUCCAAUCAAAGAAAGAUAAGAGUAGAUAUUUGAGUGGCAAGAUAUGUAGACCACAAAAUUCACAACUUCAUCCACAGGUGUUAGUAGCCACAGAAAAGGGUUGGGGCUCCAUGCACAUAGCACUGCAGAAAACAGAUCAUGGCUCUAGCAAGUUAUUCUUGCAGUUUUGUACCAGAUAAUGUGAAAGAACUCCUUGAUCGUGCAAAGUCUGUAACAGCAGCAACCGCGAGCACGGCCAGAAGUAUAGCCUCCGGUUCUGAUAUCGCUGGAAGGAGAAGGCUUCUCUUAUCCUCAACUGCUGCUACUUUAUUAGCUGUAGCAGCCACUGAUGCUAAUGACAGCCGGACUGCCCUUCUUCAAAAGUAUUUGAAGAAGUCAGAGGAAAACAAAGCGAAGAAUGACAAAGAGAGAAUGGAUGAUUACUACAGGCGAAAUUACAAAGACUACUUUGGAUUUGUAGAGGGCACUUUGAGAGCCAAGGAUAAAGAACAACUUUCUGAAUCAGAGAGAGGUAUCCUUGAAUGGCUGGACAAGAACAAGUAGUUUCAGUUUAUUUCUCGUUAUUAUAUUCUGUUAAAUUCAGCAAAUUGUACCUCUUAUGUAUUUGGUUACACAACUUUGGACAAAGAGACUUCAUAUUAUGAUUAAAUUUAUCAAAAUUAAUAUUUCAAUUUUGGUUA